UGGAAAGAGCAGCGGCGCUCGGGGGAAACGGACGCUGCUUCAAAGAGGACAGGCUGUAUCUGCUCAAAGCAGCUCUCACUAACCUCCAUUUAAAGCCAAAUGCAUUGCUGUGCAUGUAAACCAAAAGAGCUCUAUAAAGCCAGCGUGUGUAUGUCAGGUGGUGGGUGAUACCGUGAGCGUGUGUCCUGGCAGCACAGGUGGAAGGUGGUGCAUGUUGUUGCUGCUGUGCUCAUGGCUCAGAGGAGGGCUGCCGGUGGCUGCUGCUGCCCCAGGGCGCCCAUGAACGAAGACAACGCCCGUUUCUGCCUGCUGGCCGGGCUCAUCCUGCUCUACCUACUGUGCGGGGCGGCAAUCUUCUCAGCCCUGGAACACCCCUUUGAGUUGCGUGCCCGUCGUCUUUGGAAGCAGCAGCUGGACAACUUCACCCAGCGAUACAGGGUCAACCUGGGUGCCCUGCACACUCUGCUGCGUCAGUACGAAGAAGCGAACGGAGCUGGGAUCAGGGUGGACACGUUGAGGCCUCGCUGGGAUUUUUCUGGAGCUUUCUACUUUGUGGGCACGGUUGUCUCCACUAUUGGUUUCGGCAUGACUACCCCAGUGACCAUAGCUGGGAAAAUAUUUCUAAUCUUCUACGGCCUCAUCGGCUGUGCUGCCACCAUCCUCUUCUUCAACCUCUUCCUGGAGAGGAUCAUCACGAUGCUGGCCUACAUCAUGCGCUGGUGUCAUGAGCGCCGGUUGCGGUGUGCUGGAGUUGGGGUGGUGUCAAGCAGGGAGGAGACGUCCGGUGAGGAGGACAGUCUGGAAGGCUGGAAACCUUCAGUCUAUUACGUGAUGCUGAUCUUAGGUGUGGCAUCGAUUGUGAUUGCGUGCAGUGCCUCCACCCUGUACAGCUCCAUGGAGAACUGGAGCUAUGUGGACUCCCUUUACUUCUGUUUCGUGGCCUUCAGCACCAUCGGCUUCGGGGACUUGGUGAGCAGUCAGAGACAGCACUAUGAGUCUCAGGAGGCCUACCGGCUCGGGAACUGCCUUUUCAUUUUAAUGGGCGUGUGUUGUAUCUACUCACUUUUUAAUGUCAUUUCUAUCAUCAUCAAGCAAACUCUCAACUGGAUCGUGGGUAAGCUGGUUUGCUCGGGGCGCCAUCUGUCCUGCUCCUGCUCUACGCCUGGUUGCUGGUGGCUCUGCUGCCCAUGCCUCCAGAACAAAAACCACAAACAGAGGCGCCUGCCUGCGCACCUCAGGCAAAAACGCUUAAAACGCAACACCGUGCAGCCCAUCUCAUCCCACUGCCCCACAGGGAGACACCGUUACACGGAGGGGUCGGUGGAGACAGUGUGCGACAGCGAGACGGAUGGAGGCACGGUGGCUGACGGGGUGUACGUGGGUCGUCGUCUAUCCGGUGAGAUGAUCUCCGUCAAUGAGUUCAUGGUGUCCAAUAAGGUGUCUCUGGCACUGCUGCAGAAGCAGCUGAGCGAAACAGCUCACCAGGGUCCACGGCAGAGCCAUCAAAAUGGAUUCUCUGGUGGCGUGGGGGCCUUGGCCAUUAUGAAUAAUCGCCUACAGGAGACGAGCGUGGAUAGGUAGCACCGCUAAAAUGUUGUGGACUUGUUGUGCUUCGGGUUAUAUUGGACCCUUAAUCCAACUGAUUUCAAGAUUUGUCCUCUAAUUAAGCAUCUGUUCAGCACCUCUCUGAGCAAUUUCAGCAGAAGUCUAUGCAGAUAAUAGCAGACUUCCACCUGUCUGCAUCACAAAUAAUUGUUCACAUUUUGUUCUGCGUAGAAAAACAGAGCGAGAAAAGAUGAAUGCAAUUUAAAGAAUUCAGCCUCGCCGCGAAGAGGGGUCUGAUGUCCUGAAGUGAUUGGCUCAUACAAAAGCAAUCAGAUGAAAGAAGCAGUGAAGGACCACUUAACGAGGGGACUGCUGAUUUGAGAGUGCUGCACAUGUCCCCGGAGCUCCUCGAUAAAUAUAUGUGAGGUGGUAGUCGGUACUAGUGAACACGCAGACAUAAACACCUCCUUUUAGAUAACUAGCUGCAUAUAUAAAAUAGUGAUUUGUGUUUAAGCAGAGCUUCUCGAACCCACUAGAGGAGCUCACGAGUGCUGUGAGAGAGACGUUUUAAUUUGUUGCUUACUCAAUAAGUCGCCCAUCUUGUUUCAUCAAUGCACGUCAUUGAAAUUCAUAGUAAUCAUGAAAGAGCGCUGAGAUCCAGGGGUUUUUCAAUCGAGCACAUCUAAUCAAACGUGGCCCCCGUAGAGGACGUCCUCAUGUUCAAUAAGUGCGGUACAAAUAGUCGCAGGAUCACAUCAACGGAGCAGUGAGCAAGAUUCAAGCUGAAGGAGAUCCUUUACUAUGCAAGAAGAGACAUUUUUAAUCCAUCUUGUAUGAUCCACAUGUGCAGACGAGACAAAAUCAUCCAUUCUCCUCUAGUAGUCAUGCUUCACUGUCAAACCAAUGAUGGAAAUAGUAGUUUAGUGAGUCACUGUGUGCACGUCGUCAGUCAAAUAAUCUUUAUUUAGGUUUAAAACAAUCAUGACUCUUAACAUGUAACGUCUAUACACAGAAAAUUACUCACUGAAAUGAUAUAACAAUGCAGUAUGACGCAGAUCCCAUCCUGAAGCUGACCUGUCCUGAUGCUGUUUGUUUUAUCGACUAUAUAAAAGAAGAAUAAGGCAGCACAGUAUCCAACUUACGGGGGAAAAAACAUAUUUCACACAGACUGCAUUGAAGAACGAGUUUAGAAAAAAUGUUAAUAUAAAGAGAGAGCUGCAAAAUAUAACUUAAAAUAUAAUUUGCUUGGUUGUUGAAUGAAGAUUUCAGGGCAUUUGGCUUUGAGCUCAUGCUGUAUAUUUAAUUAUUUGAACCAAUAACUCUUUUUAAACGUCUCUCCAGCCGAAUGGAUUUCGUCCUACAUGUUUAAAAUAAAGCAAACGCCUCGUUAAGAGUUUAAACGAUGUGUGAAAUGUAUUUUUUCUUGCGUGCGUGUCAAGUUUUUAUUAGUAACUAUUUAAUCACUGUUUACUUGCCUGUCACUUCUCAACCACGAGGGAUAAAGAUGUAUUUGUGCUUUCACCACCAGCUUUUAGCGCUGUUAGCACUGUUAGCACUCCCUGUUGAAACAGAUGGAUACAUGUUAGCUGUUUGCUAGCUUUUAACUAGCACCGACAACGUACCAGACAUUUUUCCUUCCUAUAGAGGCAAACAUUUAAAAUUAAUCUUAUUUAUAUAUUAUAUUAUCCAUCUAUAUAUUAAAACAUCUCUUUAAAUAUAACUCUACAUAUACUUGUUCCUUCUUUUUAUCCAAUGAAAAUGUACAGUUUCACAGUUGGCUGUUGUUCGUUUUAUCUUCUGUUCACUGAAUAAUGAGGCAGAGGUUUUUGUUGCUGGGUCAGUGUCUCUGAGUUAAGUUUUACAAAAUGUCCUUCUUGUAUAAAUAUAAAACAUAUCAGGCUUUAUUAGACCUAUUUUUGCAUUGUUAUCUGCUAUGACAAGACAGUCCUGCUGGCACGACGACGACGUAAACAAACAUCCCUGUCUGUUAAUCAUCUCUUUUUUUUUUCUUUUUUUGUCAAAUUGCACACA